UUCUAUUCUUCUCACCGUCUCCCUACAAGCCAAAAGCAGUCCAAAAAUCUCAGCUUUCCUCUUCGCCGUUUCUCUCUCGACACUGCUCUGCACCUCAAUCAUGGGUCAGUGAAGACAGGCUACAGUGAGAGUGGAGAACAGAGAGCCAAACUUGAAUGUGUCAAGAACCAGUCUAACCAUCUCCACUCAACACAAGGGGACGGUGAGAAAUUUUCCCAGUCUGGAAAAAAGGAAUUUCUUGUUGUAUUCUGUCUUAAACCAUCAUGACGAGGAAUAAUGAUCGUUCUCUGAGUGCUGCCAUCCCAAUAGAAAAUUUGAACGAGUUUUUCCCUGAAUUCAGUGAUCUUAAUUAUGAAGAGCUACUUCAACAUCAGGAAAGUUUGUAUGAAUCUCUUCGAAACAAUAGGAAUAAUGAUAGGAGGCAUGGUGCCCAAAGCACCGAUUGGAGUCAGUUAUCAGGACUGGAGGGUGAAUCUUCUCAGCAUGGAAGUUUUGGUUUGCAAUUGGCUUUGGAUGAAGCUAUGGCUAUGGCCUUGCAGUUGGAAGAUGACUCUGAUGAUUUGGACAUGUCUCAAUCUACUAGUACCAGCACAGUGGAGAAUAGAGAACCUGGUUCCAGAGGAACCCCUGUCAUGCGUGUGGCUGUGAUGGAAGAUCCUAUUGAUCCAGAUAAUAUGACUUAUGAGCAACUGCAAGAAUUGGGGGAAUCCAUUGGUUCUGAGACGAAAGGAUUGUCUGAAGACCUCAUCUCCAGAUUACCAAAUUUCAAGUACAAAACAAGCAUAUUGUCAAAGAAAAAGGAAAAGCAAGAGUGUGUAAUAUGUUACAAGAUAUACAAAAAUGGGGACAAAUUGACUGCUUUGCCUUGUGCCCAUCAGUAUCAUUUAAAAUGUGUUACUCCUUGGCUGCGGCUCAACAAACACUGCCCGAUUUGCCAGGUGGAGGUUUCUGCAGAUUUAACCGAGUAAGCUGGUUGUCUAUCUUAACAUGUCAAGAGUUGUUGGUGCUACUAGAGGACUGAACUGUUUACUUGUAAAAAGCUUGCUUAUUACCAGAAAAGGUGUACACAAAUUUGUCAAAUCUAUUUUGAGCAAUUUGAAAGGGCACAAUUUGACUGUUUA